CCAUCUAACUCUGCUUUUCAUCGACUCUAUUCUUUUCGCCGCCGUCUCGUUCGGGACUGAGACAGACGCAUUUGUAGCGGCAGCUCUGUUUUUCAUCCACCGCCAUAAAUAUUCAAUUUGAAAUUGAAGCUCAAACCCUCUCUCAAGCUCUCUGGUCAGAAUGGUUCUAGUGGUUGCUUCGUCGUCCAUUGAUUCGGGAAUUGGUUGCUGGGACCUCCACACGGGUGCAGAACAACUACGUUACAAGUCCUGUGCUUCUCCGGCACACGGUCUUGUUUGUGUUGGUGAAAGGUUUCUCGCCUGCUCUCAGCUUCGCGAUCCCGCUGCUACCGCAGGCUCCGUUCUCUACUGGUCUUGGUGUAAGCCUCAAGUAGAAGUUAAGAGCUUUCCGGCUGAACCAAUAAUGGCCUUGGCUUCCAACGAUGAGGGUACUUAUAUCGUUGGUGGUGGUCUCUCUGGAGAUAUAUACUUAUGGGAGGUUUUGAGCGGUAGACUGCUUAAGAAAUGGCAUGCUCAUUAUAGGGCAGUUACUUGUCUCGUAUUCUCCGAAGAUGACUCCCUGCUAAUUUCCGGUUCUGAAGAUGGCUGCAUUAGAGUUUGGGCCCUUCUAACGGUAUUUGAUGAUGGAUGGCAAAGGGAAGCAAAACAUUUGUAUGAACAUAGUUUCACUGGGCAUAAUCUACCUGUUACUGAUAUUGUUGUUGGCUAUGGAGGAUCCAAUGCUAUUAUAAUCUCUUCCUCUGUGGAUCGUACGUGUAAGGUGUGGAGCUUAUCGAAGGGGAAGUUAUUAAGAAAUAUCAUAUUUCCUUCAAUCAUUGAUGUAAUUGCUUUGGAUCCUGGUGAACAUGUCUUUUAUGGUGGUGGUAGGGAUGGGAAGAUCUACACUGCUGCGCUUAAUGCUAAAUGCCCAUCCACUGGUGACUAUGGAUUGCAUAUUCUUGGCUCAUUAUCAAAUCAAAGCAAGUCUGUUACUGCCUUGGCAUACUGCUCAAGUGGUAAUUUGUUGAUCUCUGGAUCUGAGGACGGAGCAAUAAGAGUUUGGGAUACAAGAACCAAUAAUGUUAUUCGUGUUUUCAGACAUUCAAAAGGUCCUGUAAAUAAUAUACUACUUGUUCGACAACAGGUCCUCCCUAAAUCACAGUCAACUUCCCAAGGUUUUUUGAGAAAGCACCGGUCACUGCUACCUCCUGCCCUUGCAAAAUUUGAAAACUCAAAGGACGAGGAUGAAGACACUGGUGUUAUCAUUGGUCCAACAGGUCUUCCCAAGGAAUCUAUGGGGUUUCCCGCCCUUAGUUCUCAUGUUAUGGAUAAUCAAAUAACAGAACUUCAGCAACAAGGUUCUGCUGCCAAUGGAAUGGAGUUGGAAAGACUCAAGUAUGAUUGUGGAAAAUCCAUGCAAAUGCUACAACAUUGGAGAAAAAUGUACGACAAUUUACAUCAAUUUUGUGUUAAUGAGCUUCUGGACGGCGAUCAAACUAAAAAUAUACAAGGCAAUUCCGCUUGAGCAUUGCUAUUAUUUUCUUUAUGUAUUCUAUUUGUUUCUUUUCCUCUAAAUUUUCCUUUGUUCCAUCUAGUGUCCUAGAAAUUGUAUAAUCAAGUUGAACAGUAUUUGAUGGAAUCAUUAGGAAGCCAUCCUUGAUUAAUUAAAAUUCGAAAAUCCUUUUUCUGGGAUAAGAAAUCUGUACAUGAUACACUGAGAGGUACCCUUAAUUUAUAAGAAUAUUUUUUGUCA